AUGGGAAGCUUGUAUGGCCCUCCCAGGAUCUUGCAGUCCAUAGCCAAUGAGAAUGUGAUUCCAAUCAUCAAACCUCUUGGACAAGGAAAGGGAGCCAAUAAGGUACCGGUCAAUGCUCUGAUAGUGGUUACCCUUGUGACCCUUCUAUUUAUUGUAGUUGGAGACAUCAAUACUCUUGCUCCAGUGGUCACUACUACCUUCAUGCUCACUUAUACAGCUGUUUGUUAUUCCUAUUUUGCCCUGGCCAUGAGUUAUGACCGCCGAAAACAACGUGAAGACAAAUUCUCUGAAGAAAAACAACCAGUCACAAGCUUGACGGUAGAAUCUGCUACAAAAGAAUCAGCAUCUUAUGGUUCCACAAACCAAACAGUGGGGCCAAUGGUUUAUGAAGAUUCCUUCCAGCGUUUUGCCUCAGACUUGGACAAAUUGUUUCCAGAACGCUUAACUCAUCGUGGUCAGCACCAUCUUGCAAGGCAACAUUCUGAUUCUAACUCUCCGACAACACCUGAAGAGGCAGUGUUUGAUGCUACAGCUAAAAACCUGGAGGCAUCUCCUGGGGAUAUAAGUAGUUCAGAAAUGGGGGAUACUACACAACUCCUGAAAGGCAAUGACUCUAAAUCAGGUGCUCAAAAGAGUCCAAAUACUGAAAUCCACAAACAGCCCCAAUCUUGGUAUUCCUUAUUUUGUAACCGUUGGAUAUCACUGUUAGGGAGCUUUAUCUGCAUUAUAGUGAUGUUCUCCAUUCAUUGGAUUUACAGUUUGGGUGAGAUCCUUUGCUUUGUAGGCAUUUACAUGUACAUAGGACGUGCAAGCCCAGGAUAUUUCCCAGGGAUUGCUGAAUUUAACUUAUAUGACUGGAUUAAAGGUGGCAUUUUAAUUUGUAUUAGGGGUGGUCGAUCACUCAGGGAACAAUACAUCGUUCCACCCAAUACUCCUGCCGUCCAGACAUUUGCUUCACAAUUAACUGAAGACAAUGAGGACUUUGCCAGCCGCGACCGUUAUCAUCAGUCCGAAAUUGUCCAGGGAGAGAAUUUCGAUGAAUAUGAUUAA